GCAAAAAAAGGGGUUGUAAACAUGUGAAGAGCCUUUUGGUGGAACCGAUUAUGGGGUUCCGGAUAAUACCAAUUCGUCGAUGACGUGAUGUGAAAUCGUUUCUCGAAAUCGGCACUGGCACUCGUUCCUUUUAUUCGCAACGAUGAAUAUUUAUUGUAACUGCAGAUAUCUGUGUUUUUAAGAAACGAUCGGCUAUUUUGAAGCCAGCGUAAGAGACACGGAAUAAUCGGACCAUUACCACGCGAAUAAUUCUCAUUUUCUUGAUACAAUUGGAGAAAAAAAAAAGAGAACACCGGCUAUUACUACAAUGCUAUUUAGUGGUAAUUCUAUUAAACGCUUGUUCGAGCUCGAAUACCACAGUUGGUAAUAUUUGAAAAUUGAAAAUAUUCCUAGUGAUCUUGUGUGUUUGCUUUUCAAAUUUAAUCAAAUACCGAUGCGUAUGUUGUUAUUAUCAUUCAAGGUUUGUUUUAAAUUGCAAACAUGAAGUUUAUCUCGCACGAAACGAACAAAUAUUUGGUAAAAGCUCUGAAUAUGAUUGAUAUAGGGAAACCAGUAGUGUCGUUGCGUGGUUAGGAGAGGAGAGGGAUAUUGUCAGUUGGUCGGCGCCAGUAGUGGGGCAAAGAGAGGGUGUGCAGUGGUGGGGAGUUGGAGAGGCCAAGAACAACUUCUAAAUGGGGGCUUGGCCUUCUAGCGUUGCGACACGUUCGUGGAAAAGCGGCUCCGUGCCGCUUUACUAACACUCGGACAUCUCUCUGCCACGUGGCCCAUUAAAACACAAUGGGAAAAGAAGGCAGCUGCGGUGCGCGCGAACGAUGUCGAAAGAUGCGUCUCUAUUCCUGCCGGGAUCACGGGAGAAUGCGACACCUGGUCUUAAAAGUAUGAAUCGUAAAGCCGUACGUAGAAGUUGCGCCUGACGUUUCGUCGAUUAUUUAAAUAACCUCAGUGAGACACUGACAAGGUUAACGGACUCUUAUGUCAACGAGUGACUCGACCGAUCUGUUGAUACAAGACUGUUAUGCUGAAAACAAAGUAGUUUUACAAAAAAUGUUGACAGUAAUGUGUCCAAACUGUCGUCACCGAUUUCCAGCUCCAGGUUGUUGCAGAGCUCAAAAUAUGGACGAAGAUAAUACUCUAAUUCAUCCAACAACCUGUUAUUAUGGUGGUCUGCUAGUUCCUGAAGGCUAUAAUAGUGGUGGUGGUUGUUUUAUAAAUGCACCAACUAUUAUACAACCUGUUAUCAAUUCCUUCAACUUUCCAUCAAUGACACUUGAUUUGGAAAAGCCAAGAAUCGAUAAACAAAAGGAAGGUUUCCUCCAAAAAUUUGAAAAAAAUACACAAGUUCUUGGAUUUCCAUUAAUUAAUGAAGAAAUCCAAAAAAAUAGUUCUGGAUGUCAAAUCACUACAAGUUGCGAUUUAACUGGAGGAAGUGUAACAAUCACAACACCAAGUAUACAAUCCGGAGGCUGUUUAAUUCAGAGUACAGAUUCCGGAACUCUUAUGCAAACACCACAUAUGGAAAUCCGUCCAAAAUUGUCUGGUGGUGGAUGUUUCGUGCAAAAGACAUUAUCAACUGAAAAUCAAGAAGCCUCUACUGUAUUUAAUGAACAAAGGAAUCAACAAGAAAGUGUGACUCACGAUAAAAGGAUGUUUUUAAUACCCCCAAGUGGUUGUCAGGAAUUACCAGGGACUCGAAGAAAUAUCCUACCGCAAAAAGCAGAAGAGGGAACUUCAUUUGAAAAUAGUGAAGCAAAAUCAGUUUUUUCAAAUUUUCAAGUGACUAAUGUGCCAGUCCUGCAAUUUCAACAAGCUAAAAGUUCGAAAGGAAAUGGUCAAGAAUUAGAUCAAGAUCGAAAUUUUAAUUGUUGUUGUAAUAAUAUUCAGAAACUUUAUCAUGUUAAAUCAAAUAACUUUCAAGUUUCUGAAAAUCGUAACUCCAUGGUUUUAAAUUCUAAUCCAGGAGUACAGAUUCAAGUAAAUGCAACUGUACAGCUUCCUGCAAGUUUAGGACAAUGUACAGUAAAUAUAACUGCAACUACUACAAAUUCGCCUGAAUCUUUGGCAGGUAUAACUUCAAGAACUAGAAACAAUUUUAAUGGUGGAGGUUUAGUGCAGAAAAAUGAGACUCAGAAUAACGAAGAAAAUUUUGAUGAAAGAAGAGACAGAACUCCAACUACACCAGUCUCUUGGUUAAUGCCAUGUCCCUGGAGUUUUGACAAUUAUAUGAUGAACAGGGAUGCAGCUAGACUGAGCGAAGUUAAAAGACUUUUACAAAUUUGUGGUUGGUACCACGAAGGUCUUAGUUGGCAACAGAGUGAAAAUUUAUUAAAGAAUGCUGCGAUUGGCAGAUGGUUGAUGAGAGAUAGUUCAGAUAGCAGAUAUAUGUUUGCUGUGUCUGUACAGACUGCUAGAGGACCUACCUCUGUUAGAGUUCACUAUUUUGUGGGACAGUUUCGAUUAGAUGCUGAACCUAGGCUUGCUUUUGCGAUUCCUCUUUUUGAUUGUCCAAUUAAGAUGCUGGAAUAUUACGUGGAAUAUUCAAAAAGUGUUGAUGAACAUAGAAAGGAAGUUUGGGUAGAUUAUAGUGGACAACUGUAUAGUGAAAUUUAUUUGACGAAGCCUUUAGUUAAAGAAGUUAGGUCUCUUAGUCAUUUGGCCAGGUUAGUUGUUAAUAGGAACAAAUUACCCACAGAACACUUGCCACCAUUAAUUAGAAAUUAUCUAGCAGAAUAUCCAUACAGUCUCUGAAAAAUGAUGCAUAACGUUUUUCUGAUUUCUGGAUUUUCUUUGUCAGUAUUUCAUAUAAUUUUUAAAUUGAUGUACUAAAUGAAUUAAUAAAUUAAUUUUAGAUAAAUAUAUAAGACAAAUAUUUAUGAACUGAUAAAUUUAAAUGUAUUCCAGUAAAAUUCCUCUCUCAAUUUCUAUUAAUUUGUAGCAACAAAUAAAAAUAUUUAAUAAAAUAGUUUAAUUCAAAUAUCUUAUUUCAGCUUUAUAGUACAAUAUAAAGUAAUAGAAAUUUUAUUGUAUUAGUUCCAAAAGUCAGAAAAACUCCAAAAUAUCAUUAUUUUUAUACAUUUUAAGACGAUUUAUAUCAGAAUUUGUGGAGUAAUAUGAAAUAUAGAGUUUAACUAGUGAGAUACUAGAACUUACACUUUUAUAAAUUAAACAAUUAAAAGCAGCGCCUGUUAUUUUAUUAGAAGGGUUCAUGAAAUUGAAUUGUUGAAAUAAUCAACGAAUUCAAAAGUUAGAUGAAAGCGUAUAAUUUUGUUCAUAGUCAGGAAAGAGCAUAAUAUUGUAAGAUUGAUUAUUCGACCGAGUUUCUCCUUAUUUAAAAUUUUCUUGAAAGACAGGGUACCAUUUACAUACCCUGCUCGGACCAAUCAGUCUUUGACGAGUUUCCUCUUCAUAAGUAAUUGAUAAAACUAUUUGUUUUUAAGUUUUUCUUGGAUCUGAAACCUCAUUUGAUCGUAAGUCUUGAUAAGUAGUUUUUGGAGCAUUAAAAAAGACGUAUUAGGAAAAUGAAUUAAUUUUGAUAAUUUUAUUAUAAUAUUGUAACCAACUGUAACCAACCUGUUAUAAUUUAAGAACCAUAUUCUUAUAAUUAUGGUAGCCUUUUUAAUGCUUUGAAAAUGUCUUACAGAUUUUUCAGACAUUGAUUGUUAAAUUGUAUAUACAUAGAACUCGGUCGGUUUUGAUAUUUUUUGAACAAUGAUUGACAGCGUUCUUUAAUAGUGGCAAAUUUGUAGACUUUUAGAAACCUGGAGAUCAUUGUUUCAAACUUAAAACUGAUUAAGAAUAGCAAGAAUGAUAUUAAAUCGGCUUCAAUGAAGAAAUCGUAAGGCAGUAUUAGAUUUUAAAAAGCGUCCAUUUGACUCUUCGUUCUUCAAUAGUACUAGAAUUCUAAAACAGUUAAUUGCCAAUGAAUAUACCAUUGAUUUGCAAAUUGAUUUUCUAUCGUGAUAAAGUAAUUUACUAUGAUUUCUUACCGCGAUCUUGAAGUUUUUAAUUGAAUGCAAUGUAUGAUGUAAUAUUCAAAGGGUAAUUAGCAUUUUCGAUAUUAUGACUUAUUAAUGUAUUAUUGAAUAUAAUACUAGAAAUGAUACCCUUGUUGCAUGUAAAAUGAGACGAUCUAUAAAAUAGUAAUAUUUGAAACGAAGAGUUGAACUGCAGAAGAAUCAAACGCUAAAUUAAUUUAAUUUUCGUUUAUUAGCGAGUUUCUCUGAAUGUAUAUGGUAUACGUGCGCGCGCGUAUGUGUGAAUGUGUGUAAAAUGAAUUUGUAUAUGUACGAAUAAUAGGAAAUGCGAUUUGAAUGUCGAUUGUUACUCAAAAACAUAAUUGAUAUAUUUUUCUAAAGUAAGAAUCGGCGACCAUUUCAAAGCAAACACAAUUUUUCUAAUGUAAAAUAUUAUACAGGAUGUUUCCAAAACUGUGCCUCUUUAGAUAAAAUUAUUAAAAGGAAUUGCAUCGUUUGAAACCCUUUCUGCAUUUUUCUGUAUAACUAAUAAUCUUUCGAUGGAACACCCUGUAUAAAUUAAUAUAGUAAUUCUUGUUCAUUGUCUCUAUAUUAGAGAUAUGCUUUUAAACUGUCGAUAUAUCUACCCUUCGUAGACCAUUUCGGAAAAAGAACCUAGCAUAAAAGAAUCACUUUUCGUAUUAACCGCCAAUUAUACUUAUCUUAAUAUGUAUUUCAUGAAUUGUCAUUGACAAAGUAAAAUUAAUUUACAGUUACCUAAACUGUACAUAGUGCUACAUAAAUACGAGACAUUCUGUAGAAUAUUUCAUUCUUAUUGACGAUGAAGUGGUAGCUACUAAUAUUAUGCGAUGUUUGCGUUAUUACGUAGCAAGAUUGCGAAGGGUUAGUUAAUUUCGAUUUUCCUGAUUCUAAAAGUUGAUUCGACAGAGUAUGUUUGUUGUUGAAAACUGCCACUCAACGAAUCCUACGAUGUGUUUUAUAUUGCGAUUAUAACAAUGUAUAGUGUGACAUGAGUUAAAUUAUUAAAGAAUUAUUUAUUACCAUGAAA